CCGCACCUGUGCCCGUGGAGGCGCCCCGCGGGGAGGCGGAGCGGGCGGUGCCGCUCAGCGCCGGCGGGAGAUGCGAAGGGGCUGAGCGGGAAGGCGGCAGCGCUCCCUCGGCUCUGCCUCAGACUCACCGCCCGGCUCUCCUCCACCGCCCGCCGCAGCUCUCCGCGCCCCGCUCUGCCUCCAGCCCUCCCUCCCGUGGAUCCCCCGCGCCAUGUCUUUCCGCCAGAGGAGCCCGCACGGCAGCACCCAGAGCAGCCCGCAGCACCCCCCGCGCUGGGCCCAGGCUCGGAAACGCGGCGCCGAUGGGAAGCGGCGGAGGCAGAACGAGCCCGAAUCCUCCGUGUUUGAGGACAACAAGCCCAGGCCUGGGGACGGCCGGCUGGACAGUUUUACAACACCAGAAGGUCCUGGACCCCUUUCCCGGUGUUCAGACUGGGGAACUGCAGUGGAAGAAGAUGAAAUGAGGACCAACAUUAACAAAGAAAUUGCAAGACACAGAAGAAAACUCCUGAUAAAUGAAUUUUCAAGAGAAAGGAAGUCCUCCUCAGGAAGUUCUGAUUCAAAGGAGUCCACGGCAACAGUAGAAUUUGAGACAGAUGAGGUGGUUUUGAUGAGAAGACAAAAACAGAUAAACUAUGGAAAAAACAUGAUUGCAUAUGAUAGAUACAUCAAAGAAGUUCCUAGAUGCCAUCGUGUACCAGGAGUUCAUCCCAGAACUCCAAACAAAUUUAAGAAGUACAGCCGUAGGUCGUGGGACCAGCAAAUUAAACUGUGGAAAGUUGCACUGCAUUCCUGGGAUCCUCCAGCUGAAGAAGGAUGUGAUCUGCAGGAAAUUUUUCCUGUUGAUCUUGGUGAGAUGGAGACAGAAUCUGUUGGAAGCAAUUCUACUGAAUCUCAAACAAGCUGUCAAGAUAAUGAUGACACCUGUUCUGGCACGCCCACCAAAGUUAGACAUGCUGACUAUCCAGCAGAAGGAGAAUUUGACUUGGAAGUGUGUUCAAGUGAACCACUGGAUGAAUUUGAUACUAAACAAUUGGAAGUUUAAUACCCUUAAGAAAUUGGAGGUCAACAUGGUAAAGUCUAUGCAAUAAUGUUUUGGGUUUUAUUAGAAGCAGUAGCCUUAAUUUUAAAUUUGUAAAUAGUCAUCAGUCAUUUAUUAAUGCUGUCAAGAAAACAGUAUCUAGGGAGGGUGCUUGAUUCUUCCAGUUUUCUGUUUUUAAUGUAAAACUGUUGUAAAUGUUAACAACUGUACAGAUUUUCUGCUGGGAGCAGUUUGUGUUUCUGUUGCUUUUGUGUGGGAUGUUGCUGGAAAAUAAACAGAACUGCAUUUACUUUUA